CUCUCUCUCUCUCUCUCUCUCUCUCUCUCUCUCUCUCUCUCUCUCUCUCUCUCUCCCCCUCUCUCUCUCUCUCUCUCCCUCUCCCUCUCUCUCUGUCUCUCUCUCUCUCAUUUUGAAAGUCAAGUACUUUAGAGGAGAAUUACCGAUUACAACAAUUCAGAAUUUUUUCGAACUUCAUUUACAGAUGCACGCAAACCCACUAACACACAUAAACACACACACACACACACACACACACACACAGACACAGACACAGACACACACACACACACACACACACACACACACACACACACACACACACACACACACACACACACACACACACACACCAUGUCCUGGUUUGAGAUUGCCACGAAAAAGUUGGGUUUUCCUGCUAUUGUACUGUAUGUUAAGGCGGGCAGCGACGGAGAGAGCCUGGGUAACUGCCCCUUCUCCCAGCGGCUCUUCAUGAUCCUGUGGCUGAAGGGGGUGGUCUUCAACGUGACCACCGUGGACCUGAAGAGGAAACCGGCCGACCUGCAGGCCCUGGCGCCGGGCACCAACCCGCCGUUCGUGACCUUCAACGGGGAGCUGAAGGUCGACGUCAACCUCAUCGAGGAGUUCCUGGAGGAGAAGCUCACCCCCCCACGGUACCCCCGGCUGGCCCCCCGCCACAAGGAGUCUCACACCGCCGGCAUCGACGUCUUCGCCAAGUUUUCUGCCUACAUCAAGAACCCCCGCAAGGACACCAAUGAAGCUUUGGAGAAGGCCCUCCUCCGUUCCUUGCGGCGUCUCGAUGACUUCCUGCGAACGCCGCUGUCGGAGGAGAUUGACGCCGACGCUGCCGGCGACCUCCCCGAGUCCCGCCGCCGCUUCCUGGACGGCCCCGAGCUGACCCUGGCCGACUGCAACCUGCUGCCCAAGCUGCACAUCCUCAAGGUGGUGGCCCGGAAGUACCGCUCGCUGGAGAUCCCCGCCGACAUGACGGGCGUGUGGCGUUACCUUGACAACGCCUCCCAGCGCACAGAGUUCACCUCCACCUGCCCCGCAGAGAGGGAGGUGGAGAUCGCUUACCUGGACGUAGCGAAGCGCAUCCAAUAGAGGGAGGGAGGGGGGAGAGAGAGAGGGAGAGAGGGGGGAGAGAGAGAGGGA